ACGAGAUGUUGAUUGCUUGCAAAUUGACAUGUGCAUUUGUCAAGAGGAUAUUUUUCUCGUGGUGCUAAUUAAAUUGUUUAUUGAGCAGUGGUGAAAAUAUUAUCUUAAAAUACAGAAAAUCGCGGAGUGGGUGGGAGGCGAACGAGAGGUGGCGAUAGCAGUCGCAAUGAUGUUGUCAGUGCGCAACGGAUUCAUCAGGUCAAUGACAAGAUGCCUCGGCAGGAAUUACGCGUCUACCGUAUCGGAGACGGAAAAAUACGUUGACAGUUGUCAAAAAGAUGGGGUCAGGAGAAUAACUCUCUGCCACAUGGCCACUAGAAACUCUCUAUCCCUGGAAAUGAUGAAAAUUUUACUCUGGAAUUUAACUCGAGAUGUCGAGAGCGAAAAUUUGAGAUCCAUCGUUAUUUCAGCAGCUCCUGGCAAAGUUUUCUCCGCUGGACAUAAUCUCAAGGAGUUGACUUCGGCUGCAGGUAGAGAUCAUCAUAAAGAAGUCUUUGAAACAGCUGCAGCUUUGAUGCUGACAAUAGCAACAGUACCAGUUCCUGUGAUCGCUGCAGUGGAUGGUCUUGCUGCUGCUGCUGGCUGUCAACUCGUGAGUGCCUGUGACAUCGUCGUCUGUACUGAAAGAAGCAGUUUUUCUACUCCCGGGGCGAAUUUCGGAAUUUUUUGCUCAACUCCGGGUAUUCCCCUGGUUCGCAAUGUCCCGAGAAAAGUUGCUGCUCAUAUGUUAUUCACAGGUCUUCCCAUUUCCGCACGUGAGGCCCAUAACGCUGGACUUGUUAGUAAAGUCGUAGAUAAUGAUCGAUUAGAUGCGGAAGUUCAGAAAAUCACGGAGUCAAUCAAUUCGAAAAGCCGGGCAGUCGUACGUCUGGGGAAGAACUUCCUCUACGAACAAUUGGAGCUCGAUACUUCAACAGCAUAUACAUAUGGAACAGAAAUAAUGGUGGGAAAUUUAGAGUUGAGAGACGGCCAGGAAGGUAUCAAGAGUUUCAUGGAAAAGAGAAAACCUCAGUGGACCCACAAAUUCAACAGAGAGAACGAGGGUCCAAACGACUAAUUAAAAACAUAAGAAAAAUUUAUUUUCGCCAAAUACCCACUAGAGAGAUUUAAAAAAUCAAAUCCACCAUAGAAUUCACCCUAAAGCCAACAACAAUCAAAUAAAUUUCAAAAAAAUUCUCCCAUUUCACUCGAAAUUUCUCACCGCAUGAAAUAAAUUGAGGAAAAAUAAUUUCUACCGAGUAAAUAUACUUCCCCAAAAAUUGCACAUAAAAUCUCAACGCAAAAUCCAUCCAAAGGGUAAUAGACAUUACCCAGAAUAAAAUACUUUUCUCGGGUAAAUGGGUAUUUGGCAAGAAUAAUUUUUUUCUCAGUGUGCGGUUCAUCGUAUCGCUGGCGAUAACGAGUGCGUCGAGGGGGUCACGUUAGUGAGAGAAAAAGAGGGAAUUUAGUGAAGAAAUAGUGAUUUAUCGGGAAUUAACGAACAUUCUGCAGUUGAGAGUGUAAUCAGUACAAGUUUCGGAGGGGUAAAUCUACUUGUGGGGGGUCUAUUGACUGUUUUGACUGUAUCAUCGUAUAAAUAAGAGAUAAGACAUCCAAAAUAGCCCUAACAAAUGAAAAUAUGAAAGUUUACAGAUCAUGGUAGGCGGAAAAAAUAGCCCACACACCCAAAACGUGUUAAA